UCUAAACGGAGAAAUUUAACACAAUGUUAGUUCCCCUGUAUUGUGCAGUUCAAAGUAUGUGGCCAAUCAAACGUUUGCCCUAGUUCCACUUAAAAUGUUUAUCUAUAUGGAAUUGAUGAAGUGAAGUAAUAGUUUAUCAUAAACCUAUUGACUUCUCGAACGCUCUAGUUGCUACGUUCUACAAGCGUACUUGCAUUUGUGUCACCAUGGAAACAAAAUAAAUUGUUUCAAACGAAAUCUCUAGUUCAUAUUGAUCGUAUUAAUUUUGUAAACAUCGGACGUAAAUUUGGUUGAAAUUUUUAGAAAAUGGUUCUGCUUCACAUAAAACGUGGCAAUGAAUCGCAGUUCCUCUACGAGACCACGGUUGCAACAUCGAUCACGAAAUUGAAUAAGGAGAUCGUUGCGAUAUACAAUGGUCGUUUGAAAAUCGGUCGAAUUUGUAGUGAAAUGGAGGAAUUGGCAAAACAUGGUCCAAUGUUUCCACCGGAAAUCCUGGGCUUAGCCGACGAACAAGUUGACGAGUUAAAAUUGGUUGAUAAUUAUGCUGAAACAGUUGUACCAUCCGGUGGUUGGACAUAUAAUCGGGAUCCAGUGGGACGUCGCAAUGGUCGUCAACCGCAGGAGAAAAUGCAGGAAGUGUUGCUCAAAGCUGUCAACGAUGCAAAAGAUAUGGUAUCAAAGAAAAUGGUCGGUGAAAAUAAGCCACUUACGCUAAAGCAAGUGCAAAAUGCUAUUGGAAUUUUGAGAGGUGCCGUGACGAUUGUUUAUCCAAUGGAUAUACCACCACACGACUCAAUUCGCAUGGAAUUCACAAAUACUGAAGAUUUAAGUGGCAGCCAAGCAUCUCUUGAAGUCAUAGAACCAUCAAAAAUGCAGCUCUGGUUUGCCGGUCGUCAACUGUUGGAAGAUAAAUUAUUGAGUGAUUAUUUGGGCAACAACGAAAAAUGCAAGAGUAUUUUGAAAAUUGUGAAGCAUGGCGAAGGUGCACCAGGACGGGAGUCAGUUUUCGACGAAGAAGCACGCAAAGAAAUAAUGCUGCAACAAUAUCGUCGGCAGGAGGAACUGAAACGUCUGGAAGAGGACGAAGAUGAUAGCUAUUUGAAUUCAAAAUGGGCGGAUAACACCAAUCUCAAGCAACAAUUGCACGGAAUUCAAAAUAUCAAUUUUCGUGUCGGCAAAUAACUGUAUAGAUUAGAGCGCACGUUCAUCAGAGAAGAAAAAAAAACAGCAAAAUGAUUCGGAAUCUAUGUGUUUAUUCAAUAGUAUCGUUUGCACAGAAAAAAUAAACAAGUUUGUAUAGGAUAUACAGUAAGCUCAGCGUCAGUUUUCAAUACGCAUAUAAAUCUCAAAGGCAGUCAAAAUAACGUGAUUGACAGCUUGUUUUGCUAACCCACAUUCCACAUUUCUUAUUAUG